GACAUUUGACAAAAAAGAUGGCAGCGAUCGCCGACUGCUGUCCUUCGGUUUUAAUGCGAAAAUGGCGCAUUAUGUGAUAUUUUCACAUAAUAUAAUAAUUAUAAGUGAAAAUUUGUGUAGUGCUGCUUUGUGAUGUCGUGUGGUUUUACAUGAAUGACAGUGUAUUCGUGUGUCAAUAGGACUGCAACUUUCUUCUGGAUAUUGGAUUACACCUAAAGUUAAGUCACAAUGGUGGUGGGCGAAGUGAAACGGUCCACCAAUAUCAUGGACGGGAUAGAGAACACCGGGGACGUGCGGCUGCACGACCACCGGUUACGGCUCAAACAGAGGUUUGACAUAGUCAGAAAAUUAGGUCAAGGCACGUACGGGAAAGUUCAGCUUGGCAUCAAUAAGAAGACUGGGCAGGAGGUCGCCAUAAAAACCAUAAAGAAAUGCAAGAUCGAAUCUGAAGCGGACCUGAUCCGCAUUCGGAGAGAGGUGCAGAUCAUGUCUUCCGUGAGGCAUCCGAACAUUGUACAUAUUUAUGAAGUAUUUGAAAACAGUGAAAAGAUGAUACUCGUGAUGGAGUAUUGCUCCGGCGGAGAACUGUAUGAUUAUCUUAGUCAGAAAAAAGUAUUACAAGAAGAAGAGGCUAGAAGGUUAUUUCGUCAGAUAGCGACUGCUGUGUAUUAUUGCCAUAUUCAUAAAAUUUGCCAUAGAGAUUUGAAGUUGGAAAAUGUAUUGCUCGAUCACACUGGUAGUGCCAAGAUUGCUGAUUUCGGUCUCUCAAACGUAUUCAAAGAGACAUCGCUUCUGUCCACAUUCUGCGGGUCACCGCUGUACGCGUCGCCUGAAAUCGUUAAAGGGACGCCGUACAUUGGCCCUGAGGUGGACUGUUGGUCGUUGGGGGUGCUUCUUUAUACUCUAGUCUACGGGGCCAUGCCGUUCGACGGCUCCAACUUCAAGCGCUUGGUGCGACAGAUUAGCAAUGGCGACUACUAUGAGCCCAAGAAUCCUUCGUCUGCGUCACCGCUCAUUCGCGAUAUGCUCACGGUGGAUCCGCUGAAACGUGCUGACAUCGCGUACAUUUGCGACAAUCCAUGGGUGAACGCCGGUUGCGAGACGUCAUGCCUGGAGAUGGCAGAGUUGCUAGCGGCUGAAACACCAGUGCGCUUGGAUCUGCUACUGUCUCUAGCGCCGGCUGCGCCUUCCAACUCCAACUCUGUCGUCGUGCCCUCGUCAGAGCAAGCAGAACUGGGCCCAGAGGAGAGCGGCGCAGACCUCACGAGCUCCGCGUCUAUGGCCGUGGAGCCUAGCAAUUCUGCUGAGAAGAGGAUCCUUGAACUGGUGGCAGAGGGUGGUGAAGACGCGAUCAAACCAUCUCCAACGCGUACAAUAGUGUCGGCCAGCGACAACAAGCGGAAGUUAGAACUGGCUAUGUCUGCCAGCGGUCUACAGAGGAAGAAAGAACGUGUUGCCAGCUGUGCAAGCAUCUCGCCACAAGCGCCCGUGCCAGAAGAAACUUCCGCCGACACGCCGCCAGAACCAGAACCAGAGACGAGCGUGCAGCCAGGCCUGAAGUCAUCAGCUACAAUCACAAUCGCUCCCUCGCCUGCGCCUGAGCCCGCCCCUGCCCCCUCUGUCACCGCCCCCGCGCCCGCCCCUCUGCCCGCGCCCAAACCAGUGAAGGAGCCCGCUAAGGGCCGCGCCACGUCCACGCCGCGGGAGAAAACUAAGGAGGAGAAGCCUGAGAAGAAGGAGGAGCCUAAGACUCCCGCCCCUGUACCCGCGCCCAAACCAGUGAAGGAGCCCGCUAAGGGCCGCGCCACGUCCACGCCGCGGGAGAAAACUAAGGAGGAGAAGCCUGAGAAAAAGGAGGAGCCUAAGACUCCCGCCAAUACGCCCGCGCCUAAACCAGUGAAGGAGCCCGCUAAGGGCCGCGCCACGUCCACGCCGCGGGAGAAAACUAAGGAGGAGAAGCCUGAGAAGAAAGAGGAGCCUAAGGUGCAUAUUACAAGAGCCCACGGGCCCGCGCCCGCGCCCAAACCAGUGAAGGAGCCCGCUAAGGGCCGCGCCACGUCCACGCCGCGGGAGAAAACUAAGGAGGAGAAGCCUGAGAAGAAGGAGGAGCCUAAGACUCCCGCACCUGCGCCUAAACCAGUGAAGGAGCCCGCUAAGGGCCGCGCCACGUCCACGCCGCGGGAGAAAACUAAGGAGGAGAAGCCUGACAAGAAGGAGGAGCCUAAGACUCUAGCCCAUACGUCCGCGCCCGCGCCCAAACCAGUGAAGGAGCCCGCUAAGGGCCGCGCCACGUCCACGCCGCGGGAGAAAACUAAGGAGGAGAAGCCUGACAAGAAGGAGGAUCCUAAGACUCCCGCCCACGCGCCCGAGCCUAAACCAGUGAAGGAGCCCGCUAAGGUCUGCGCCACGUCCACGCCGCGGGAGAAAACUAAGGAGGAGAAGCCUGAGAAGAAGGAGGAGCCUAAGGUGCAUAUUACAAGAGCCCACGGGCCCGCGCCCGCGCUUAAACCAGUGAAGGAGCCCGCUAAAGUACGCGCCACGUCCACGCCGCGGGAGAAAACUAAGGAGGAGAAGCCUGAGAAGAAGGAGGAGCCUAAGACUCCAGCCCACGCGCUCGCGCCUAAACCAGUGAAGGAGCCCGCUAAGGACCGCGCCACGUCCACGCCGCGGGAGAAAACUAAGGAGGAGAAGCCUGAGAAGAAGGAGGAGCCUAAGACUCUCGCACCCGCGCCUAAACCAGUGAAGGAGCCCGCUAAGGACCGCGCCACGUCCACGCCGCGGGAGAAAACUAAGGAAGAAAAGCCUGAGAAAAAGGAGGAGCCUAAGACUCCCGCCCAUGCGCCCGCGCCCGCGCCGAAACCAGUGAAAGAGCCCGCUAAGGGCCGCGCCACGUCCACGCCGCGGGAGAAAACUAAGGAGGAGAAGCCUGAGAAAAAGGAGGAGCCUAAGACUCCCGCCCACGCGCCCGCGCCUAAACCAGUGAAGGAGCCCGCUAAAGUACGUGGCACGUCCACGCCGCGGGAGAAAACUAAGGAGGAGAAGCCUGAGAAGAAGGAGGAGCCUAAGACUCUAGCCCAUGCGUCCGCGCCCGCGCCCAAACCAGUGAAGGAGCCCGCUAAGGGCCGCGCCACGUCCACGCCGCGGGAGAAAACUAAGGAGGAGAAGCCUGACAAGAAGGAGGAGCCUAAGACUCUAGCCCAUGCGUCCGCGCCCGCGCCUAAACCAGUGAAGGAGCCCGCUAAGGGCCGCGCCACGUCCACGCCGCGGGAGAAAACUAAGGAGGAGAAGCCUGAGAAGGAGGAGCCUAAGGUCGAAGAAACUAAGCCAAGUGCUGUAGCAUCUGCCGCGGACAAACUGACGUCCCUAUCUCUAUCGCAGCCGACCCCAGCCAACCAGACUCCGGUUAAGCCCAAGAAACUCUCCAUACCUGGCGGCAAUGUGGGUAGCUUCAAGGAUCAGUUCGAGAGAAGAGCGUCUCUGACGUCACCACCAGAGCCGAAACGAAUAGUGCCCAAACCAGUAGUGUCCAAAAUUGCCAAGCCCAAAGCGCAGAGUGAGGAGCGUGAAUCGGCGCCGCGGCCUGAGCCCGGCUCUGUUCGCUUGCAACAGAUCGGCAUCGAGCCCUCGCCGACACCAACAGAGGAGCCGAGUCGUGGCGGCGUGAAGAAGACCGAGAGUGAACCCUCGCACGGCACUCCCGCUGUCGACCCCUCCGUUCUACUGCAAGACGCUAGGAGAAGUCUGCAAAACUCAAUGGCAAAACUCGUUGAAGAGAAAGCCGGUGAAGAAAACCGCAGGCGAGCGGCUCGCGAUAUCAUCUCUACUGCCAUACGUACAGGCAAGCCGCCAGUGCCAUACGGGCGGUCGUCGUCGGCGGGCGUGGCGUCGCUAGUGUCGCCGCCCGGCACGCCACCCGCCGCGCCUUCUUCCACGCCACGAGUAUUCCGCACAGAGGCGCAGCACCGUGUGGAGGAUCAUCGCAAUAGUGCCAUACGGGCGGUCGUCGUGGCGUCGCUAGUGUCGCCGCCCGGCACGCCGCCUGCCGCGCCUUCUUCCACGCCGAGAGUAUUCCGCACAGAGGCGCAGCACCGCGUUGAAGACCAUCUCCCAUACGGGCGGUCGUCGUCGGCGGGCGUGGCGUCGCUAGUGUCGCCGCCCGGCACGCCGCCUGCCGCGCCUUCUUCCACGCCACGAGUGUUCCGCACAGAGGCGCAGCAUCGUGUAGAAGACCAUCGCAACAGGGGCGUGUCAGUGGAGCGCAUCAUACCCAUCCAUGUGGCUGAAGAGGCGCCGGCGCCGGUCACGCCGCCCACGCCGAAGCCGGCGCCGCCCGCCACGCCGCCCGCCGCGCCCAGGCCCGCACAAACACCUCUCAGGCGGCUGGUAUCAUCCGAAUCCAGCGCAAGCGAAGCGUGCUCCAGCCCCGGCGAGCCGAUCAAGAAGUCUGCGCGCGAGUUCAUUAUCCCUAUCGCGGUGGAGGGCAAGGGCUACGUCACGCCGCGCCAAAGGAGCCUCGAGCCAGAGGCCGCUUCUACCACUUCUCGUGUGCCAAGGACACCCAAACCGAGGCGGAUCAGUAGCCUCGUCAGCGGUGGAGAAUCAGAGGAAGAAGACGAUACACACAUGCACAGACUGCGGUCGACGCGCGCGGCCCGAGCGGAAUCGGUGAGCUCGGGCGAAGAGGACGAGGAGGACGAAGGCUUCCACCUGCUCACGGCUGAGAACCUGUUCUCCACGCUGCUACACAGGGUUCGAGCGCUAACCAACCGGCUCAACGGCGAGGAAGGGCCGGGCUUCCCGCACCACCCGCACUCGCUGUUCAACAACCUGCAGUCGCCUUUCUUCAACAGCCCCCACUUACCCAGGAGACAUCUGUUCCGCGAAGGUUGGGGCGCGCGCGACCUGCACGCGAACUUCGACUCUAUGUUCAACAAGCCGCGUCACGCGCCCCGAGGCGGUAGUAAGAAAAGUAAGGAACCGCGGGCGCGAGCCGACGACGGCGACGCGCUCGACCUGUCCGACCUCGACCUCAGCGCGAUACAGUUCUCCGAGCGCGAGAUGCGCGCGCUGUCCGGCCUCACGCCCGCGCUCUCGCGCCGCCUGCAGCGCCAGCUGCUCGCACACCUGCCGCCGCGCGCCGCCACGCGCCUGCGCCGCACGCUCUCGCUGCGCGACCCCGCCGCCGACCCCGCCGACCCCGCCGCCGACCCUGCGACCUCCGACCCCGCGCCCGCCGACCCGCCGCCCUCGGCGCCCGACCGCCCGCCCGGGGCGGAGCGCUCCGUCUCGCUCGACCUCGACACCGAAUCGUCGCUCGCCCAGUUCUGCACGCUGCCGCGGCUCCGGCGCCGCUCGUCGGCGUCGCGCGAGAAGUCCCCGCCCGGCGAGGCCGCGCCGCCGCCGCGCGAGCCGCCCGAGCCGCGCUCGCGCCCGCUGCUCAGCAAGUACCUGACGCCGGAGCGCGCGCUGUCGCUGGACGACUCCUCGCACUCGUCGGAGGGCAGCGUGCCGUCGGAGCCGCGGCGCCACUCGAUGCGCCUCGCGGGGGAGCCGGCGCGGCGCCGCGUGUCGCGCUUCCUGCGCUCGGACUUCUUCGACGCCCCGCCGGACGAGAACGCGCUCGCGCGCCGCCGCAAGGAGAAGGAGCUCGAGACGCAGAAGAUCCUCCGGGAGAUCAGGGAGAAGAGGAACAGGUCCCUCGAGGCCGCCGGCGUCGCGAGCCCGACGGAGGCGGACGACCCGGCGAGGAAGUGCCUGUCGCCCGUGUCGCUGCUCGGCGGCAAGGAGCGCAGCAGGUCGAACACGCCGUUCUUCCCGAUCCUGGACAACAUCAAGGAGACGGCGGCGGACACGUCGCCGGCGGCCACGCGCGAGCGCCGGGCGGCGGCCGAGCGGCCUCGCUCGCGCGUCGAGGACUCGCUCGGGCGGGAGUCGCGGCUGACGCGGCCGCGCAGCUACCCGGUCAAGAACCUCGACGCCGCCGACGAGCCCGGCCUGACCCCGGCCGAGAGCAACGAGGAGAACGAGUGCCAGGACAAGAGUCUGCAGAGGGAAUCCAAACUGAUCCGCCCGAAGAGCUACCCCGCGAGCAGUCCCUCUCCCGAAAAGGUGUACAUAAGCCGCACCCUCAGCAAGAGAGACGAGCCGCGGGCGGCGGCCGACGAGGAGUCUCGGAAAGAGGCCGGCGAGCACGUAAAAGGCGAUGGGGCGCGGGCGGCGGGUGACGCGGGCGGCGCGGCCGACGUCGAAGUUAGCUUUAGUAUUACCUUACCCAAGAAGAAACCCGAAAAAAUUAGCAAAUUAGAUUCGCUCGAAAUUUGCGAGCCCUCGCCUCAAACUGUGGAGACUGCGAAAGUCGACGGCGAUAAAUCUACGAGUGACACUCUUGUCGUUAGGAAGUAUCAGAUAAUCAAUAGCGCCGAUGACAAACCGGACCAAAAGAUUGAAAACGGUAUCGUCAGUAACGGUGGGUCGAAAGACAUCAUUGACAAAGCCAAUUUGAACGCUGACGAAGCUAAAACGAAGCAGAAGGCGACCACAAACGCCAAGAAAGAUGAGGUGAAAGCGAAGACCGACGGAGAGGCUGGUGAAAAGAAGGGUACGAUAAAGAAAAAGAUCAUCAGGAAAGUUUCCUCGAAAUCAAAGACUGAGUUAGGAAGUAGCCAAGACGCCGGCGAGGGAAAAGCGCCGACCGAGAAGAAAAAAGUCACAAAGAAAGUGAAAGAAAAACCUGCCGAGGAUGGAACUAAACCCGGUACGGUCACAAAAAAGAAAUCAGUCCUGCAAUCGAUCGGGCACAAGUUAGAAAAGUUCACAUCGACAAAAUCUAGUUCCCCAGAAAAGGGAGCCGACAGUGGCGCUGCUGCUAGUAAAAGUACCGAUAAUUCCAAAGUUAGUAGAACUCAGAGAGAGCAGUCUGUGCCCGUCACAGCUGACCCGCCCACUGAGUCGAAUCUUAUCAAAAGAGCCGUCACUCUUACUGAUGUCGCUGCUUUAGAAACGCAACCUGCUAAUAAUACCAAAACCACUGUCUCAAAAGUACUGGGUCUCUUCAAAAAGUUUGAACCCAAAGAAAAACCCUCAAAACCGCCCAUUGAGACGUCGCUAAGUGAAAACCUGGAAAAAGAGAAGAUAGAAAUAAACAACUUGGCUAGCAGCAAACCUGAUAUAGUAGCAGAAUUAAUUUCAGAGAGCGCCGAGAAAGAUAAGCCCAGGCGGCCGACGUCCUUAUUGCUCAACGGAUUAAGUCGCAAAAACAAAUAUGGCAGGACGGCGAGUGACAGUGUGUCCGCAGCGUAUACAGAAACUGAUGACCCACCGGUACUUAAAAAAGACGAACCUAAGAACCUGAGAAACACUUUAAAACUCGACUUCUCCAGAUUGCCAAGAGUGAAAAAAAUAGUUCCUACAAAUCCUGUGAUAGAACCGCACGUUAUGAAUUUGACAUCGGAAGAUAAAGACGCCGAAAAGAAAAGUGUAUGCGAAAAGAACGGCACAAUAUCUGACGGCAUUUCUAAUAUCGAAAACGAAGAUGCGCAAAGCCGGAGCAGAUCUCGCAGCAGGUCCACCGUUUCCAACUCAGAACUCAAGUCCGAUCUCAGCGCAGAAGGCAAGCCCUCGGACAAAUAUUCCGUGUCGCCUUCCGAGACCACCGCGCACCAUCCGUUACGGAAUCGAGAGUCGACCACGCCCGAAAAGGAAGAUAUAGUUGACAGAAUACGAAGGAAAAGCUUUUACUCCAGGUUUAACGAAAAGAAGCAACGCAGGAAGAGCAGCCUGGUGGGCCCCGGCGCCGCCGAGUACGACCCGCUGGCCAGGAUACACUCGCCGCCCGCCGAGCCCAAGCUCGACGCCUCUCCCACCUCCCCCGGCAUCCACGACCUGUCCCCGGGCUACUCCGUCGCCUCCGACCUGUCGCCGUCCACGGAACGUUACAGGACUCUGUUGACGGAUCUAUCCAUUAGCAAUAGGAAUAAUAUUAGGUACGAUAAUCACGGACUGAACGAUAAAAUUGACACAUACCGAUCGCUGGACAGAAACGAUUUUAGAAAAUACCCCGGCAGCAGGAGUUAUUUGGACUACGAUCAGCCCACCUCGUAUGGAACUCACAGAUAUUCCAGAACCAAGUCUCUGUUGGACGACGGACCCGACGAACCGAGUCUCGGUCAGAUCAGAGAUCCGCUGAAAUAUAGCAGAACCCUCUCCAUGUAUUCCCCUGGAAGUUACGCUACGUACAGACCGAAGCGAACGACGCGGAACUCUGCAAUAAUACUGAAAGAAAGCGAAAAGGAACCGAGCCCUGAAAAUAUACUGGAAAAAAUUAGACAAAGAAAGAAGAUAUCGAUCAGCGUGACUCGGAAACCGGACCCCGAAAAGGACCCACUGCCAAGAUCCACUGUCUCACCUAAAGGCGAAGGCGACGGUGCAGAACGCUCUGAGAAAGCUGACUGAGAGGAACUAUUGAAGCGCGAACACUAAACGAAUCAAUUUUGUGAUUUACUUAAGCAUUUGUUAUCGAGUCACCAUUUGAAACUUUUGUCUGACGUUUUUUAGAAUAGUUAACGGAGUCCCAAAAAGGCUCCCACUUAUGUUUAGCGACCGUUGUGUUAACAAACGCGAUUUGAUCUGAAGUCGAGGCGGAAUCGAUGAAAUCUUGCCAAAAGCCCUGCACAAAUGUUAUAGUGUUGUAUUAGUAACACGAAUCUCACCAACGACACGUGCUUACCGUAAGACUGUCUUUAGUGGCAAACGUAGAUGUAUACUCAAAUUUCAAUGAAUCUCCGUCGAAAUUUUGUAUGUAUAGGCAAUCACGAAAUUUUUUAGUUCCUUAUUUCACGUAUUGAGUAAUGAGGGCUUAUAAAAUUGAUUUUUGAAAAAUCGAAUAGGAGUAAGUAUAUCCACAGUCUCAUUGUAUUCUGAAAAUUCUGUACAUUAUUACUAUAUUUUAUUUAUUGACAGUAUUUGUUAUACCGUAGUUUCAUCUCGAACUGCGCACAGACUGCGAAGUAUUUUAUGACAGCUUUUUGAAAGCUGGACAGUUUUAUUAAUUACAUAACUAACUAUUGAAAUGUUAUAUUUUGCAAAGAACAGACUUUGUUUGUUAAGCGUUUAUUGUAAAUUGAUUCUUAUGUGCCUUUAUAAAACAUAAGUGACUGGAUUUGAUAUUAGUCCAUUUUAUUGAAAAUGAUAAAAUGACACGAUUUUAAGUGUGUGUUUGCACAAAUACGUUUUACUCAGUAUGUUUAAUAUAAAUUUUUCAUAGUAAUUAUCGAUUUUACAUUUUUUAUGUGACCCUAAGUCAGACGUAAGUUAUUUUUUUUAUCAUAAUCAUAUAGUAUUGAAUGCUAAGUCACGUUGUAACAGUAAUCGAAUAGUUGGUGCUUAGAUGAUUUUGUUAGGAAUAACUUGUAUUUAUAGAUUGGACGUGUUAUAGGAUCACUCACUGACACUAUUACAUUUAGUAACAGAUUUGCGUUUUUAAUUGUUAUAGAUUUAUAUGAAAUUGGAUUUCCAGACCGACAGAUAAAAUCCACACGAAUGUAAAGUAUUAUUAUAUGAAAUUAUAUUUGUUGCCAUUUUGUAUACCUGUACACGCGCCAAUAAAAUUGACUUGUUGAAUAAUAGAGGUGUAAAACAAUAUAACUAUAUACAUGAGUUUGACAUUUUCAUUUAUCAUCUGUGAACUAUUUAAUAAAUUUAUUUAUUAAGUGUGUGGUGAUUUUUAAUAUUUCUCGUAAAUGCUAUGCAGUGACCCGGACUGUGAUUGUUUUGAGGAUUAAUAUUAAAACUGCUAUCACACACGUUUUGUAUUGAAUGUGAAUAAAUUAUAAUAGUUGAAAGUAA